UGUCGCUUCAUUCUAUCUACAUAAUCGUAGUGAUUUCUUGCUUAUACAUGGGAAAUGGAAUACACAUUGCGAGAAAAACAGCAGACGUGCCUACGCACGAGUUUGAACCCAUCAAAUCUGACGAUUCUGAUUGGAUUAUUCGUCAGCGCUCUUCGUCGUCGGCUCGUGGACUAGAAGAAGACAAUAGGGAGAAAUAUAUCAAGGGUCCUGUUUACGAGAGGGGUUUUAGUAGUUCCGGUUCUAGUGGAUACGAGUCAAUUGAACUGCCAGAACCUCAUGUUAUACUUGGUUCUGCUUCAAGUGACAGUAAUACAACCUACAGGUAUGACAGCUGGGACGCUACAACGCAGCCCUCUUCCGUUAAGAGGGAGAGAAAUCUUCAUGCCAAUGAUAGCCCAAUACCUUCUAAUAGAAAAAAUUAUGAGAUUCAAAGUGAUGCUGACGAUGUUACCCCUAUGAGUCAUUUAAAAGACAGUCAAUUUAAUGCGAGUAAUAAGUCUCUCCACAAAAUUUAUUUGGAUAAUGAAGAAGAGGAUGAUUUUAUUCCUGCAGAAAGGGAUCAAACGCGCCAAGAACAUAAAUUUCGCCCUCAAAUUCAUUUGGAUAACGAUGAAGAGGACGAUAUUGUUCCAAAAAGAAGAGGUAAAUCACGUCAAGGACAUGGGCUUUUCCGUAAAACUUAUUUGGAUUAUGAUGAAAAGGACGGUCUUGUUCCUACAAGAAGGAGUCAAUCACGCCAAGGACAUGGACUCCGCCCCAGUUAUUAUAUGGAUAGGGAUGAAGCGGAUGAUAUUAUUUCUAUAAGAAGGGAUCGAUUACGCCAAGGCCAAAAACUUCUCCCCAUAUCCCAUUUGGAUAAUGAUGAAGAUGAUGAUCUUGUAUCUAGAAAAAGGGAUCGAUCACGCCACGGGCUAAGACUUCUCCCAAUACCCCAUUUGGAUCAUUAUCCAAAUGAUGAAGGGGAUGAUUUUGUUCCUAGAAGGAGGGAUCAAUCACGCAAUGGACAUGGACCCCGAAAAAUAUUUUAUUUGAAUUUUGAUGAUGAGGACGAAAUUGUUAUAACAAGAAGACGCGAAAGACAUGAACCCCGCCCUGAACUUAAUUUGGAUGAUGCUGAAGGGGAUGAUCUCGUUCCGUCAAUAUCGGAUGAAUUACCCCAAAGACAUGGCUUUCCCUUAAAAACUCAUUUACAAACCGAUGAUAUACUAUCGGAUAAAUUUAAACAUACUAAAUCGGACGAUUCUGAUUGGAGUAUUCAUCAGCGCUCUUCGUCAUCGGCUCGUGGACUAGGAGAAGACAAUAGGGAGAAAUAUAUCAAGGGUCCUGUUUACAAGAUGGGUUUUAGUAGUUUUGAUUCAUACCAGUCAUAUGAACCGCCGGAACCUCAUGUUACAGGUGGUGCUGCUUCAAGUGACAGUAAUACAACCUACAGAUAUGACAGUUGGUAUGUUACAACGCAGCCAUCUUCCGUCGAGAAGGAGAGAAAUCUUCAUGCCAAUAAUGGCCCGAUACAUUCUAAUAGAAGAAAUUUUGAUACAUCUCACACUCAAAGUGGAGAUGGCCAAUUGACUGCAAUAGGCAAUAAAUCUCUACCUAAAAUUCAUUUCGAUAAUGAUGAGGAGGAUGGUCCUGUGGUUCCUAUAAGAAGAGAUCAAUCACAACAAGGUGAUGAAACUUAUUUGGGUAAUGAUGAAAAGGACGAUCUUGUUCCUAGACGAAGGGGUCGAUCACGCCAAGGACAUGGACCCCGCCCUAAAUUUCAUUUGGACAGUGAUGAAGCGGAUUAUAUUGUUCCUAUAAGAAGAGAUCGAUUACGCCAAGGCCUAAAUCUUCGCCCCAUAUCCUAUUUGGAUAAUAAUGAGGGGGAUGAUUUUGUUCCUAGAAGGAGGGAUCAAUCACGCAAAGGACAUGGACCCCGCAAAAUUAUUUACUUGGAUAUCGAUAAAGAGGACGAUAUUGUUAUAACAAGAAAAGGUCACUCACGCCAAAGACCCCGCCCUGAACUUAAUUUGGAUGAUAAUGAAGAGGAUGAUUUUGACCUUGCAGGAAGGGAUAAAAUGCGACAUGCACAUAUAUCUCGCCCUAUAAUUCAUUUGAAUAACGAUGAAGAAGAUUACCUUGCCCCUCUAAGAAGGAAGCGAUCGCAUCAAGUUCACUUCGCCAUAAAACUUUCUUGAGUAACGAUGAGGAGGACGAUCUUGUUCCUAGAAGAAGGGAUCGAUCCUAUUUGAAUAAUCCGCAUUGAUGCCUUAAUAAUCAGCUUACAUCAAAUUCAUUAUCCUUUAAAUCUUUUUAGCCAACUCCAGAAGAGUUUAGACUACAUAAAUUGAGUGCCAAUCCCAAUCAUGUUUUAUUCUCCACACCGUUCGAAAAAUGUUGUCUGCGCCUAAUUAGUAUAACACUUUUAUUUGCAUUCGAUUUGAUAACCUUCUGGAAUAAUCAACACGGAAAACAAAAAAUGAAACUUUAUGAUUAACAUCUGAUUCCAUUGAAUUUUGAAUUUAUACUGUUUCGUUAAAUACACUUUUAAUUAAAAUCUAUAUUAUGUCAAUUAAAGUCUA